CCACCCAACCCACCCCCGCACGCGCACGCAGCCCACUCCACUCCCCCAGAUCUGAUCGCCUCUUCUCGCGACUCCCCCCCAAUGCGCAGGGGCGGCCACGCCGAGGCGUUGCUGCUGCGGCGGCGGCGCGGGCCGGCGAGGCUGUGGGUCGCGGUGCUGGCGCUGCUCGCCGGCACCCUCUGGCUCUUCUCCUCCUCCUCCUCCGCUGGCCUCGGCCUCGGCCUCGCCCGCUCCUCCUACGGACUCCAGGAUGUUGAUGUAAAUAAGUUGUGGAGAACUGCAGAUUCAAAUGGUUGGAGGGCAUCUUCUGCACCGCGCACCUAUUGGCCUCCUCCACCAAUAGAGUCUGAGUCAAAUGGUUACUUACGUGUCCGGUGCAAUGGUGGCUUGAACCAACAACGUAGUGCGAUAUGUAAUGCUGUUGUUGCUGCACGAAUAAUGAAUGCUACACUAGUGCUGCCAGAGCUGGACACAAAUUCUUUCUGGCAUGAUGAGAGUGGUUUUUUAGGUAUUUAUGAUGUGCUCCACUUCAUCAAGACAUUAAAGUAUGAUGUUCGAAUUGCUAUGGUCAUUCCAGAAAUUACUACAAAUGGAAAGACCAAGAAGCUGAAAGCCCAUCAGAUUCGACCGCCUCGAGAUGCACCAGUUACGUGGUAUACAACAGUUGCUUUGGAGAAGAUGAAGAAGUAUGGAGCUAUAUAUUUAACCCCAUUUUCACACCGCCUGGCAGAAGACAUUGAUGAUCCAGAGCUCCAGAGAUUGAGAUGCAGGGUGAAUUACCAUGCACUACGAUUCAAGCCUCACAUAAUGAAAACAAGCAGUGAGAUAGUCAAUAAGCUCCGUACAGAAGGCCAUUUCAUGUCAAUUCACCUUCGAUUUGAGAUGGAUAUGCUUGCAUUUGCUGGGUGCAUUGAUAUAUUCACACCUCAAGAACAGAAAAUUCUGAUCAAGUACCGCAAGGAACAUUUUGCAGAAAAGGAACUUAUUUAUAGGGAAAGAAGGCUCAUCGGGAAGUGCCCUUUAACUCCAGAAGAGGUAGGUCUUAUUCUUCGAUCCAUGGGAUUUGACAAUAAAACAAGAAUCUACCUUGCUUCUGGCGAUCUCUUUGGUGGGAAACGAUUCAUGAAGCCAUUUAAGGCUAUGUUUCCACGCUUAGAAAACCACAGCACUGUUGGUCCUGGAAAGCUGGAAGAAAAUACAAGAGGGCUCGCGGGUUCUGCAGUGGAUUACAUGGUCUGUCUCCUGUCAGACAUUUUUAUUCCUACAUAUGAUGGCCCGAGCAACUUUGCAAACAACCUAAUGGGCCACCGCCUAUACUAUGGUUUCCGGACAACAAUCACACCAAACAGGAAGGCCCUAGCUCCCAUAUUCAUGGACAGGGAGGAAGGUCGCGCCGCUCGCUUUGAGGAGCGAGUCAGGCAGGUUAUGUUCAACACAUAUUUUGGUGGCCCCCACAAGCGUGUCCAUCCAGAAUCUUUCUACACAAACUCAUGGCCUGAGUGCUUCUGCCAACCGAAUCCAAGGAACCGUGCAGACAAAUGCCCUCCGGACAACAUAUAUGAGGUUCUGGAGAGCCAAUUUCAGAGUGUAGAGGGUGAAGAAGAUAUCGAAGAAGUGAAAUCCACUAAUCAGACUGACUCAACGAGCCAAAUAGAAGAAUUAGUGGUCUAAUUGAGUUGGCUAACUGCGAUUGUAUGAGAACACCAUGUUGGAUCAUUCAUUGACCACCGCAUACUGGUGGUAUGGCAUUUUCAGUUGAAAGGAUGAAUCUGAUGGUGUAAUGCUGAGUGUUGAAAGCUUGGUCACCACAGGCAAGACACGAUUCUGUCUAACUGGAACUGUUAAGAGAGGCUAGAAUUAGGAGAGCAGUGAACCACAUUUUGGCUAGAUUGGUCAACUAGGAAUUUCAGAGGGAAAACCAUACACGUUCUGUCUAUAUUAGCUAUUCAUUUGUUAAAGAUUUGAGUGCGGCAUGUGGUGUGUAAGUAUGAUGAGGCUACAUUGACUGGAAUCCUUAAUACAGGAUAUAUUGCCUUUAUACGGGAUAUAUAUUGCAGCUGAAAUGUUAUACUGUUGCACGAA